CUGUUCUUCUUCACUCUUCCCCCUCCUUCCCUCGAUCUCUCCUUGAAUCUCCGCCAAAACGCUUCCUUUUUCAUUCAAAACCUAUCGAGUUUUCCAUCCUUCAUCGGUUUUAACGGAAAGGCGUGGUUUUUCUCGAGGUAUUUGGGCUCAUCUCGGUGGAGAUUCGGCGUUCCUCCGGCGAUCGGGGGGGUUUUCUCGGGCGUUCCGUCCGUGAGAUUGGCUUCUGGUGGCAGUUCACGUGUUGGGCUCCGAAGCGGUUGGAUUAACGCCGGGGAUGGUGUCGAGGAUGAUGCGGUGGCGGCCAUGGCCGCCGCUAUUAUCGAAGAAGUUUCGGGUUAGGCUCGUCGUGAGGAGGGUUGAAGGGGUGAGCGGUGGGGAUGAGGUAGCGAGGACGGGGAGGAAAGUGGCUGUGGAGGUGAGGUGGAAGGGGCCGAAGUUGGCACUGAGCUCGCUGAGGAGGACGGCGAGGAGGAACCGGACGAGGGAGGAAGAGGUGGGGGAUGGGGGUCUUGUGGAGUGGAAUGAGGAAUUUGAGACCGUCUGUACCCUGACUCCUCACAAGGAGAGCUCGUUCCAGCCAUGGGAGAUCACAUUUAUCGUGCUCAAUGGUUUGAACCAUGGUGCCAAGAACAAGGAAUCUGUUCUUGGAAUGGCUUCACUAAACAUAGUGGAAUUCACAUCCACUGCUGAACAAGAGACUGAGCUCAACCUUCCAUUGCUGCUUCCUGGUGUCACUGAAUCUCAUCUCUCACUUUAUCUGGCUCUAAGUAUAUUGGAAUUGAGAAGUUCCCAGUUUUCUUCUGAUAUGAUACAGAGGUCGUUGACUUCUCCCUUAUCACCUCCCUUUGGAGAUGUUCUUCCUUCUGAGAAAGAUGAGCUAUCUGCUCUUAAAGCCGGAUUGAGGAAGGUGAAAAUUUUGACUGAGUUUGUGUCAACCCUGAAGACUAAAAAGACAUGCCAAGAUGAUGAUGGUAGCGAGGGAAAGUGCUCUGCUAGGAGUGAUGAUGCAGAAUAUACCUAUCCUUCUGAUUUAGACUCCCCUGAUGAUGAUCUUGAUGAAUUAGACGACACUGAAGAGGAUUCUAGUAUGAGGAAGUCAUUCAGCUAUGGUACGUUACAAUCUGUUAAUAAAAUUGGACAUGGGACGAGGAUAGAUAAUGGAGUUUAUGAAGAUCUGGUCUGCUACAAUCAUCGAAGAUCAGAUAUUGGCUGUUCGCAUGUGGAGGACACAAUGUUAUUUGUUCCUGACCUUUCUGUGUUAAAGAGGAGGAUUCUUCCUUGGAAAAAGAGGAAGUUGAGUUUUAGAUCACCUAAGCCUAAAGGAGAGCCAUUGCUAAAGAAAGCAUAUGAAGAGGGAGGUGAUGACAUUGACUAUGAUCGGCGGCAGCUGAGUUCUGAUGAAUCUCUUGCAGGCAGGCGCGAAGGGGAUGAUGAUAGUCCUUUGAACCGAUCAUCAGUAUCUGAUUUUGGUGAUGACUACUUUGUCAUAGGCAACUGGGAAACAAAGGAGUUAGUGAGUCGCGAUGGGCACAUGAAGCUUGUCACUCAGGUCUUCUUUGCAUCCAUUGAUCAGAGGAGCGAACGCGCCUGUGGUGAGAGUGCAUGCACUGCUCUUGUCGCUGUCAUUGCUGACUGGUUUCACAGGAACCAGGAUAUGAUGCCUCUCAAGUCCCAGUUCGAUAGCCUUAUCCGAGAAGGCUCUCUUGAGUGGAGGAACCUUUGCGAGAACCAGGCAUAUCAGGAACAUUUUCCUGACAAACACUUUGACCUUGAGACAGUUCUUCAAGCUAAGAUUCGACCAAUUUCUGUCGUUCCAAGUAAAUCUUUCAUUGGAUUCUUUCAUCCUGAUACCCCUGACAGCAACAGUGGCUUUGACUUCUUACAUGGAGCUAUGUCCUUCGACAGCAUCUGGGAUGAGAUCAGCCGGUCAGAAUGCUUGAGUGAUGGAAGGCCUAUGCUUUAUAUAGUAAGUUGGAAUGAUCACUUCUUCGUCCUCAAGGUUGAACAUGAUGCUUACUAUAUAUUAGACACACUCGGCGAGCGGCUCUACGAGGGGUGCCAACAGGCAUACAUACUAAAGUUUGAUGACAGCACAUCCAUUCAUAAGGUUCCUAGUGACAGCAAGACUGUUAACGGUGAGGCCACAGCAGUAGGACACGGUGUUGCCGGUAACUUGAAACAGGAAAAAGGAAAUGCUGUGGAGGGGGACCUUGUGUUUAUGGGAAAGGAGUCAUGCAAGGAGUAUAUCAAGAGUUUCUUAGCAGCAAUUCCAAUCAGGGAACUGCAAGCUGAUAUCAAGAAAGGACGGGUAUCUUCCACUCCUCUGCAUCACCGCCUUCAGAUCGAGUUCCACUACACAGAAUCAUCCGAUGAGCUUAGUUUGUCCAAUCUAUCCUCAGCAGCAAAUGCUGUCCCUGAAUUAUCAUGGCUGAUCGAACCAGCAGUAGCAUUUACAUCGACACCUGCAGUUCUGGUUGCAUAGAAUCUAUGAUGCGACGGCUGACUGUGAUUCUGGCUCUCUUUUUUUCUCUUAUCUUCGGUAUUACGUAGGUCUGCUUAUUUGACUUUGAUGGGUAAAGGCAAAUAGAGAUCCCAUCAAGAACAAUCGAUCAAACUUUCUUUCUCUAAACCUCGACUAACGAUAGUGACUGCUGCUUCCAGCCCCUGGUAAAGUUGCAUUCAAUGGUGUGUAUGAACGUGUUCUUAUGGUAUGCUCAUGGUAGCAAUUAGUACCUAAUGAACAGUCAUAGUUUAACUAAUGUUCCACUCCACCUAUAUGGCUACUUUGAUUUUGGUUGAUGCUCACUGGAGCCUUGUUUUCUACAUGCUGUUCACUCUUCUUGUAUCGAGGAAUGGAUCUGUAUUGUAUGGUUAUGAUGAACUACAUAAAUACAUAAAUGAUGAAUGAUUAUUUUGCUGAUA